AUGGAACUUCACGUAGUACACUUUAAAACGCAAUACUUAAAUUUCGAGCAAGCUCUUCGACAAGUCGACGGCGUUAUAAUAAUAGUUUACUUCUUAAAGGAGAUAGUAAGCGCUUUGCCUUCCAUUAAAGUCGCUAAUUCCAGCAUUCGUUUAGUACCGAUCGUACUGACGAAUAUUUUUAAACCAUUUACCGAAGAUUAUUUUGUAUAUUGGGGUUCGACGAUAACGCCACAAUGGACACGCCGUAUAAUGUGGCUCGUGUGCAGAGAACCUGUUGGAAUAGCCAAAGAACAGGGGAAGGAAUUAUUACAGAUAGACGAAUUUCGAAUUUUAUACGACGAGAGUACUAAACCGAUUCUUGGAAAUUGCCGAGCAAUUCAGAAUAGAGAAAACAGACAUAUUUUUCACGUUCGUCCAUCGGGCUCGUUACACGCUACCCUUUUACCAAUAUCAAGAGAACAGCUUGUUUUAUCCAGCCAAUCCAAUGCUCUUUUAUCGCCUUAA